AUGUCUGACGACGGACGAAGCAUCGCCUCAAGUUUCAGCCGAUUGACGGAUGACUCCAGAAGCGUGACCCCCACCUCUACAUUUGAAGAAAGUUUAUCUGCACUUGCUCUCAGCGAGAAGGUAAAUUAAUUUAAUGAUGAAGUGAUUCGAGUUAAUUUCAAUCAUUGCAGGAACAUGAAGAGCAGGCAAUCUUGCGCGCAAUCGUGGGUCGAUGGAAUAUAACAUCGUCGGUGAACAUGGAGGAGUACCUCGAGGCUCGUCGGACUCAUCUGAAAGUGGACGACAUCGACGAUAUCGUCUUCGAGUUGGGACAGCCGUCCUUCGAUUUCGACGGAACCUAUUUGACGAGAUGUAUUUUCGUGGGAAGCAAGAAGUACUCGGACAUCAAGGCCCAACUCGGAGUGCCGAACUGUUCGAAUACCUAUACUCAAACUACUGUAAUCGAGGAGAACUGUAUGAUUACAAUCUACUUCAAUCAAGCCGACGGAGAGGAGUAUUCGAGGGAGAAGAGAUAUGUGAAGGACGGAAGACUCCACAUGAUCCAUACGAGAUUCGGAAUCACGUGCACUCGGAUCUAUGAGAAGACGACGGGCGCGUUGACCAAGGAUAAUGCGAAUAGCAAUCGGAUGGACGUUGAAGAGUUAAAGAAGGAGCGGGCGACGUGCUCAGUGCUAGACCAUCGCAACUUACAGAGGAAGAUAGACCACCUGGAAGUCGUCAAUAAAGAACUGAAUACAAAGGUCCGAGAGCUUCAACUGAUAGAAGAGCCAGAAAGGAUUGAAAAUGCGAUUGCUGGUUUCUGGCGGAUUGUCCAAGGAAACCGAGAUGACUUUGUCCGUAGUCAACGAGGUCGAUAUCCCCCAUACAUUGUGAUCUCGCCAUACGAAUAUAAGAAGUCCUGCAACACCUUGAGCCACGACUUCUUGUUCAAGUUGAACCUUAACAUGAAGACCCCGUUCGAUUAUUCGUUUUCUAAUUGCGUAACUUUUGUGUCGGACAACAAGAUCCUUACGGUGGACUUCUGCGAAUGGCAGCAAAACUUGAUAUUUCGAAUCGAGCGAUCGAUUGUCAACGGACACCUUUAUUUGGACGACUACAUCAACGGAAAUCUCGUGUAUCAACGUGUCUAUGAGCGUUGCGAUCCCGACGAAUAUUGA